AUGGCUGUGGCAUUCUUCACCCGGGCAUUGAGGGUGUUGGGCGUGUCAGCAGCAGCUCAGGGAAGGACUAUCAACCGGUGGAAUAACAUCAGUAGUCAGAGAAUACUAAUAAGAAGACUAUCAUUUGGUGUUAGUAGCAAGUGUCUUUGGCCAGAGAGGAUGGGAGUGACAGCUUCAUGUAGGAACGGUGGUGGUGCUGGAGACUCUGAUCACGGUGGAGAGGUUCAGCAAGGUCAGCAAGGUCAGCAACAGGUUAUAUUCUACAAGCGCAGGAUGAGCCGUAAGAGCAGUGUGGGAGGUGACAUGAUGGAGGCUGUCAUCUGCAAGGAGGAAGACCUGCCUCAAGAUGGGAUGAAGACAUUUGAGGUGGAAGGAGGGAAGGUGUUGGUGGUUCAUCACAAGGGGCAGCUGUCAGCUCUGGGUAGCAAGUGUUCGCACUACGGGGCCCCACUGGAGACGGGAGUUCUGUGUAAUGGCAGAGUGAGGUGUCCCUGGCAUGGUGCUUGCUUCAGCUUGGCUACAGGUGACAUAGAGGAUUUCCCCGGCCUGGACAGCAUACCAAAGUACGGGAUUGAGGUCGUGGACGGAGAGGUCAAGAUUACGGCCAGCAAGACUCUCCUGGCUGCCGACAAGAGGGUCAAGACACUCGCCAGACGAGACCCUGAUAACCCGUCGAACUUUGUCGUUAUUGGUGGAGGAGCUGCAGGGGCAUCAUGCGUUGAGACGCUGAGGCAGGAGGGGUACAGCGGCCGUCUGGUCAUGAUCACCCCAGAGUACCACCUCCCCUACGACCGACCCAAACUCUCCAAGGCCAUGGAUCUGACCCCUGACAAAAUCUCCCUCAGGUCGAGCGAGUUUUAUGAGAGCUGCGACAUCGAGAUACUGCAGGGAAUAUCAGCUGAGAGAGUAGACACUGAGGGGAAGAUGGUCCAUCUCAGCAGUGGGGAGGAGCUGCCCUACGAUAAGAUCUUCAUCGCCACGGGAGGAAAGCCACGCAGGUUAGGCAUUUCAGGAGAUGAUCUACCUGAAGUGUAUGUCAUCCGUACACCUGAAGACUCCAAUGCUAUCUCGGCCGCAGCGUCUGGCAAACACGCAGUCAUCGUCGGAACAUCUUUUAUCGGCAUGGAGGCAGCGGCAUAUUUAGCGACCAACGAGCGUGCGGCAUCGGUCACCAUAAUCGGGUACACGUCGGUGCCGUUUCAGAGAAGUCUCGGCCUCGAAGUUGGGGGGAGGAUCCAGGCGCUGUUCGAGGAGCAGGGAGUGAAGUUCAUCAACGGAGCCAAAGUGACGGAGUUUACCAGCGAGGAGGGGAGGCUGACUGGGGUGGUGCUCGAUACAGGAGAGACCAUACCUGCCGACGUUGUGGUCACAGGUGUGGGAGUCGUACCUAACACGGAGUUCUUGAAGUCGUCGGACAUAUCUCUGAAUGGGGCAGCCUAUGUGACCGUUAAUGAGUUCCUCGAGACCAGCGUACCCGACGUGUUUUGCGGAGGAGACAUCGCUGCCUUCCCUCUGUUUAUCGUGGACGGGGCGAGCGUGGCCAUAGGACACUGGCAGGUAGCGCUCGGCCACGGUCGCACUGCUGCCCUCAACAUGCUCGACCGGGAAUCGGAAGUUAAGUCAGUUCCUUUCUUCUGGACGGUGCUGUUCGGCAAGAGUCUCCGCUAUACAGGUCACGGGGAGUACGACGACGUCAUCAUCGGGGGAGACCUGGAGAACCUGUCCUUCAUAGCGUACUAUUGCCGGGGCGACCGAGUGGUGGCUCUGGCCAGUCUUGGUAAAGACCCCGCUGCCGCCAAGUACGCAGAGAUGCUCCAACAGGGGACAUUUCUCACCAAGGAACAAGUCGUCAACGAUGGCAAUAUUGCUCUGAAGAUGACAUGUUGAUCGUGUUGCCGUUUGUUGGUGUUGCUUAUUGUUGCAGGUAUUAUGUGAUGAUUUUGUACAUGUUGAUCAAAUGGUUGCAGAUGUUGAUUAUGUGACGAUGUUGUUCGAUCACAUUGAAAUGGCUGUGAUCUUGUGUCAGAGCCUUGGUGUUGUAGCAGCUGCUGUGAUGUUGAAUAUGUGAUAGUAUGUUGCAGGUGUUAUUGACUGUAUGUAUGUAUGUCCUCACUAAAGGCCUAAGGUAACAACUGGAUAUAAGAGCAAACAUGAGGAGUAUUUAUGUAUGCAGUAUAGAUGGAGUUAAACACGCCUUUACCUUGAGCUUAUCGUACCUGCCUUGUAACCCUUAACUCCUGGUGUGUUGGGAGCCCUGGUGCUUGAUGUAGUGUGCCUGGAUUAUAUUUGAGAAGUGAUCUAAUAGACCCCUAACUUAAUAGACCUUAGUUCUAAUAGGCCCCUAUCUUAAAAGACCUUAGUUCUAAUAGGUCCCCAACUUCAUAGACCUCAGUUUUAAUGGGCCCCAACCCUGCCAUAGCUAUUAAUACUAAAACCAAAGCUUAAAUAUAAGGAAACGGCACAUUUUUUUUUACUCUGAGAUUCGGACACGGUAUAGAUGAAUGACUGGAUGUAUAUAACUGAAAAAUGGAUAAGAAAUUAUAGGUAGAGAUAUAUUAAGGCAGCAUCGGAGUUAGAGUAAACCGUCUAUAACAGACCACUCGUAUAACAGACCACUCGGUAAUGGAUACAGUACAGUGAAUAGAACUUGGUGAUAAUUGCCAUGACUCUUGGUCCAGUACAGGUAGUUAUUUAAAUAGGAACACGACAAUUAUUAGUGGAUCUUGGAGACUCGUUUAGGGUGGAUUUCGGAGACUCGUUUAGGGUGGAUCUCGGAGACUUGAUGCUUAUAAUAGGUGUGGUCGAUGGAUGAUGGUUAUUUUGUGAGGUAAUGAAUAGAUUAAAAUAUAUCACAAAUACUUAAAUCAUUCCACUUUAAUGUAUAGAUAAUGUAACAUCACACAACACAGCGUAACAACACAAUGUAACCUCACAACAUAACACAGUAUAACAACAUAACACAACAACAUAACUAAAGGAUUGUAUUAAAAGGGUUGUGUUUUAAAGGGCAGUUGUGGUGUGUGUGGACAUUAUUUGAAGGCGUCUUUUCUACCUCUUGAUACUAGUAGCUUUGUAUGACCCACCCAACUGCUACUGUUAUUUUUGUUAAUAUUUCAGUACUAUAUUAUUAUUGUUAUUAACGGAAAAUAGUGUCCUGGGUUUAACAUUUUUCACUGGACACCAAAUUAUUAUUUUAGUUAGUUAGAAUUUUGUAAUACUUUCUAAUACAGUACGUAGUUAAAUUUUUGUACAAGAAUGACUGUAUUAGCGAUGGUUUGGAAUACUGUAGUACAUUAACGGGAUCGUUGGAGCGUCUGUACUGUAGGUUUGUUAGCAAAUUGGUCACAUUCUGUAGUAGUUCUGUAGAAAAGAUAUAUUUUAUUGUAUGUGCCUUACUGACUAUAUAUAUUAUUUUGUCACUGUGAUUUGUAAACUUGGCUAUUAAAAAAUAUUUCCAUA